AUGGAGGCGUUUCUGGGGUCUUGGAAGUUGGAAAAGAGCGAGCAUUUCGACGAGGUGAUGCAAAAACUUGGAGUGGGCUUCCUCACCCGCCAAGCCGGCAAACUCGCAAAGCCCACCCUCAUUGUCUCCUGUCUUGGAGAUGGAAAGUACAAGAUGCGGUCGGAAAGCACCUUCAAGAACACCGAGUUUGAAUUUAAGUUGGGUGAGGAGUUCAAGGAGGAAACUCCAGACGGCCGGACUGUCCAAUCCACCAUCACGCUUGACGGCGACACUUUAAAACAGGUUCAGGUUGGGGAGAAAACCACUUACAUCGAUCGUGUCAUUGAGGGCAAUGAACUAAAAACGAUCGUUAAGGUAGAUGACGUCGUGAGCACCCGAAUCUACGUGAAGAUCUAG